GACCACAUGCAGCCAAGUGUGUUACUGUGUAAAUCACUGCGCGCUUUCUCAGGCCGUGGGAAAGAAAUCGUGCGGAUUGGCGCUGCUCUAUUAAAGCCGCUCACUUUCAUGUAAGUGGGUCACUUCGAUUAAAGUGCCCUGGUUUAAACAGAGGAGCUAUAUUCCAGCUAUAUUCACUUCAGACAGCAGCUUACUUCUCGUGUGCUCUAAAGCAAGCGCAGGUCACUUCACCCGCUCUUCCCUCAGCUCAGCCCUGCUCGGUGCUUUUGUGCAUCAUGGCCGGCAGCGCUCUGGCCAUGAACGGGUGAACGGGAGACGCCGCCCCUUCCGCUCCCAGGCUCUGUCCAGUGAGAGCGCGGGACGCAGCGUGGUGGGCGGCGCGUGGAGCUGCCGUCGUGUCGGGACGGGAAUGUGAGAGAGGAGCGAGCGGAGCGGCGGAGCGGUCGGGCGGACAGCUCGUUCAUUUUCUAGCGGACGCGGAGCCUCAGAAGAGCGCGCUGCUCCUCCUCUUCUGACCGGGAGGCUCGCUCUGCUCUGCUCUGCUCCCUCUGGCCCCGCUGGCCCCAUGAAAGGAGCUACUGAACGGACCUACUUCUUUAUUCGCGUGUGACGGUCCGCCGAGAGGAGAGGAAGAAAGAAAUGCAGGGAUUUGUGAGGUUACAGCGCUUACGGUGAGCCGCCCCUUCGUUUCCACGCGCUCUCUUUGGUUUUUAGGGUGGUAGAUGGAGUGAAACGGGACGUGUUUACCGCGUCGAAGGCGAAACCUCAGUCGGUCGGCGUGUUUGAGGACUUCACAUCCACGCUCUGUAGGGCGCUCCAAAGGGGGGAAACUACGAGGACCCCCUCCUCCUCCUCCUCCUCCUCCUCCUCCCUCCCACGGCGACUGGAUGGAAGUUGUUUGGAUGACCGGACGGGUAACCCGAGCGCGUUAGCUGCAGGGCUGGUGUACUUCAACUGAGCAGGCGGAGUUGAGCGUGUGUGAGCCCCAUGAGAUCGCCGUGUCCUGCCAGGCAGUACGGGAGAGUCUUGCGAUGUUAAAACUAGUACGCGGGAGAGUGCGGGAAUAGCCUUCCAAGUCGCCCACAUGCGCUGGAUCGGCCUCUUGGUGCGGGAACGGAAUCCGAAGCUGAGGGAAGACGCGAGCAACCCCGUGCAGGCUGGAAGAUGGCGCCGGAGCCGCGGAGCCGGAGGCGGUGAGAGAGCCCGACUUGGAGCCACUCGACCUUGGUUUGCGAGCACCGCCGAUCCGUCGACCCAUGCAGGCCAAAAAGCGCUACCUGAUCUCUCUGCUGACGGGCGCCUCCCUCGUGCUGCUGCUCUACUUCGGCGGCGUGCCGGGCCCAGCUCCGGCCACCAGCCGGCAUGAGCGCGCGCGAGGAGGAGGCGGCGGCGGGCGGCGCUCCGGGCAGCCGUGGCCGCACGCGUCUGAGCCCUUCCAGCCGUUCAGCCCGGGGGACGAGACGGACACGGAGGAGUACAACGCGCACGUGUCGCCGCGGCAGAAGCGCGAGGUGCACGCGAGCGUGUACCGGGGCAAGCGCUGCCGCAUGGACUCGUGCUUCGACUUCUCACUGUGCCGGCGGAACGGCUUCAAGGUGUACGUGUACCCGCAGCAGAAAGGCGAGAAGAUCUCGGAGAGCUACCAGAGCAUCCUGGCGGCCAUCGAGGGCUCGCGCUUCUACACCUCGGACCCGAGCCAGGCUUGUCUCUUCGUGCUCAGCCUGGACACUCUGGACCGCGACCAGCUGUCGCCGCACUACGUGCACAACCUGAAGAGCAAGGUGCAGAGCCUGCCGCUGUGGAACGACGGUCGGAACCACCUGGUGUUCAACCUGUACUCGGGCACGUGGCCGGACUACACGGAGGAUCUGGGCUUCGACAUCGGCCAAGCCAUGUUGGCCAAGGCGAGCGUGAGCACGGAAAACUUCCGGCCCGGCUUCGACGUGUCCAUCCCGCUCUUCCCCAAGGAGCACCCGCGCAGCGGCGGCGAGCGGGGCCACCUCAGGGCCAACAGCAUUCCCCCCUUCCGCAAGUACAUGCUGGUGUUCAAGGGGAAGCGCUACCUGACCGGCAUCGGCUCGGACACGCGCAACGCCCUCUACCACGUGCACAACGCCGAGGACGUGGUGCUGCUCACGACGUGUAAACACGGCAAGGACUGGCAGAAGCACAAGGACGCGCGCUGCGACAAGGACAACGCCGAAUAUGACAAAUAUGACUACCGUGAAAUGCUCCACAACUCCACCUUCUGUCUGGUUCCACGAGGACGACGCCUGGGCUCCUUUCGCUUCCUGGAGGCUCUGCAGGCUGCCUGUGUGCCCGUCAUGCUGAGUAACGGUUGGGAGCUUCCCUUCUCUGAGGUCAUCGACUGGAACACAGGCGCUGUGAUAGGAGACGAGAGGCUCCUGCUGCAGAUCCCCUCCACAGUGCGCUCCAUCCAUCAAGAUAAAAUUUUGGCUCUGAGGCAGCAGACACAGUUCCUGUGGGAGGCCUACUUCUCAUCAGUGGAGAAGAUUGUACUCACCACUCUGGAAAUCAUUCAGGACCGGGUCCUCCAGCAUACAGCCCGCAGCAGUCUGAUGUGGAACAGCCAUCCUGGAGGGCUCUUCACCCUGCCCCAGUACUCUUCCUACCUGGGGGACUUCCCCUUUUACUACGCUGGACUUGGGAUCAAACCAUACCCCAAGUUCACUGCAGUCAUCCACGCAGUCACCCCCCUGGUGUCCCAGUCCCAGCCCAUCCUCAAGCUCCUGGUGGCAGUCGCCAAGUCUCAGUAUUGUGCACAGAUUAUUGUAUUGUGGAAUUGCGACAAGCCUUUACCUGCCAAGCACCGAUGGCCUGCCACCUCUGUGCCCGUCAUCGUAAUCGAAGGAGAGAACAAGGUGAUGAGCAGUCGUUUUCAGCCGUAUGAAAGCAUCAUCACUGACGCGGUGUUGAGUUUAGAUGAGGACACAGUGCUCUCCACCACAGAGGUGGAUUUUGCCUUCACAGUAUGGCAGAGCUUCCCAGAGAGGAUUGUGGGUUAUCCUGCCCGCAGUCAUUUCUGGGACAGUAAUAAGGAGCGCUGGGGCUACACCUCCAAAUGGACCAAUGACUACUCCAUGGUUCUGACUGGAGCUGCCAUAUACCACAGAUAUUACCACUACCUGUACACACACUUUCUGCCAAGCAGCCUGAAGAACAUGGUGGACCAGCUCGCAAACUGUGAGGACAUCCUUAUGAAUUUCCUGGUAUCAGCUGUGACCAAGCUGCCACCCAUCAAGGUCACACAGAAGAAGCAGUACAAGGAGACCAUGAUGGGACAGUCAUCCCGAGCAUCUCGCUGGGCAGACCCGGACCACUUUGCCCAGCGGCAGACGUGUAUGAACAAGUUCGCCAGCUGGUUUGGCGGCAUGCCCCUGGUCCACUCCCAAAUGAGACUGGACCCAGUCCUGUUCAAGGACCAGGUCUCCAUCCUCCGCAAGAAAUACAGGGAGAUAGAGCGUCUUUGACCAGACGGGCGCCCCCUACUGACUGCGCAGCAGGGGGCACUGAGACUUUCUGUGGAGAGGAGGAGGACCACAGAAGUUCUGGCUGUGGUUCCACCUCUGUUUUCCACUCUGUACACUGUCAGUGACCAAGCUGGCAGAACGUGAGCGCUGUCUGGGGACACUCGUACACAGGCGCACCCACAGGACGCACACUUUUGACCACGAGACUCUUUGGAAGACAUUUUUGUUUUUGUUUGUUUUCUUUUGUAAUGAAUGCCGUAAAUGACUGACGAUCUUUGCCAGCACAUGAGAGAAUGAAUAUGGGAGAAGGCAGGAGGGAUGCAUCAAUGUGUCUUCAUGCUAAUUACAUUUAAGCUACAUCAGGAUCUAAACCACAAUCCACCAUCUCCUCCCAGUCUUGAAAACAUACUACCAAUGCCAUAUAUCUGUCUCUGUCUUCAUCUGAGGACUACUUUUGGUAUGUUCAUCAUGCGUCUUCUGAAGGUUGGUAAUGGGUCAUAUUUUUAUCAUUCAGUUCUUUUGAAUCAUUUCCGUAGUGAGCAGUACACACUUUAGGAAAAGGUUAGUGGAGAAACAGAAUGUACUGUUUAUUAUUGACAAGGGAAUUGGUCUUCAUUUCCUCCUCAUUGCCAAUUUCUCCACUAUACUAAGGAGGCACAUGAGUUUUUUUAUUGGUUGGCUUUAUUUAAUUGUUAAUUCCUUCAGUGCCAAGAUUUGUCAGUUGCCUAUUUACUGACAUACCAUCACCCCCUCAUAAAUGAAUAUAUAUAUAUAUAUAUAUAUAUAUAUAUAUAUAUAUAUAUAUAAUUUAAAUCUAUGCACUGAACAUCCGUCAGUUCUGAAAUAUGCCGUCACCUAGACAAAUCAAAAAUGUGAGCGAGUGGAGGCAUCUUUGGCAGGUUUUAUUGUGACUUAUAGGCCAAAUUUCAGCAAGCUGUUCCUUGCCUCUUUGUUCUGUUCCAGCCCAAUGAAGAAUGAGUUAUCUGUCAGGGUCAUGGCACCACCUCAUCAUUCUUUGUAGUCCUCCUUUUUUUAUUUAUUUAUUUUUUAAAUUGUGACUCGCCUCCAUGUACAAGACUUCCUCACCCACUACUAACCCAUGCCCACAAGAUGUAUGUCCUCAAUUUUACCUGUUCAGAAAUAGGUGUGUUUUUAUUAAAUAAAACAUGUGCAUCCUCUCAGUCAUUGAUUUUAUAUCAAGGGAAUGGCGCUUAAGAUAAGGGGCAGAAGACCCCUGUAUUUCUCUGCAGUCUCCAUUGCAGAAGUGUUAGUCUUUAUAAUGAAGCAGAGCUCCCUGCCAGUCUCUGUUCAAACAGGUACUUGAAUGUCUGAUGACUUGAAGGAGCGCUGUGCUUUAGUGGCCUUUUGUGAAGGUGACUGGACUUAAAGUGAGCCAGCUGUGAGCCAAAGUCUGUUUUUUUUUUGUUGUUUUUUUUUUUGUUUAGUUUUUUUUUUUUUUUUUUUUUUUUUUUUUUAUUGCCCUUUUUUGUUUAAUAAGAUCCUCUAUGGACAAUAACUUCCUUCCCUUCAUAAAUCUGAGAACUUUGCUUUUAAUCUUACUGUACUGAAAAAGUCUGCAUAUCGACAAUGGUUAAAAAAAAAAAGAAAAACCAUGGAUUUGUAUGUAUAAUUAUAAAUCAUAUAAAUCACACACUACAUUUCAUUUUAACAUGGUUUAACCCACAAUGAAAUUCAAGAUGUCUGUAUUUUUUUUAUAUAUAUAUUUUUUAAUAGAACCAAGCUGUAUUAAUGCCAAGAUUUAGACUGUAUUUUGUGUUCUUUAGGACUUGUCUGAUGCAGAAGGCUAUUUAAAUUUCCACUUAGCUAACCUGUCCUUUAUAAUGAUCUAAAAAAAAAAAGUGGUUUUAAAAACCUGACAUUUUGAAAUAAGUGAAUUGGAAAAGGUGGUAAAAAGAACCCCCGAAGCAAAAUCAAAGAUUCGCCAUGUGUAUUUGUGUCUGCAGUUUGCAAUAUUUCCUGAUGUGAGAUUUAUCACAAUCUCCUAUUACUGAUGACGCUUGACUCUGCAUUCACAACAUAUGCAGGUGAAGAUCAAAGAGAAAUGUUUCCAGAAUGUUGGGUUUAAUUGCUGUGUUCACCUUGAAGCAUGACUGGUGCUGGAAACUAAUGAGUAAUAGCAAUAUUACUGGUAUGAAACCACUGGCCCACAUCUGGUCAACUAUUAAGUUCAGUAAACCCUCUUAUUUAAAGUCAUAUCAAGCCUUUAUCUAUGAUUGUCUGAGUUGUUGUGACCAUCUCAUAUCAGAAAGCUUCAUUUCUAGCCUUGCACAAUUUCACAGAAAAAUCAGACAUUUGAAAAAUGUAGACUUGCUGUACAUAAACUGUAUUUAUUUUCACACAAAUUAAAAAACUAAGCAACUAUGUAUAGUAUGCGAUAUCUGACGCAACACGGAGAUGACUUUGGAGGACAGCUGUACAGCAUCAAAAAAAAAAAAACUGUGUAAGAUGUACUUUUGGUCCUCUUCACCCCCCCCCCAACCUGUCUGCCAAUACUGUUUGCCAAAAGGGCAUGACGACACUACGUCCAGCUGUUUUCCCCAAUAUGCCCUUGGUCCAUUUUUGUUCAUGCGAGUAGAUGCAAAAUCAGCCGAUAUAUAUGUGCUGUUGUCCUAGUUUUAUUAAUUUGUCAGAAAACACAUCAUUAAUUGGCAUCUUUUGAAUGCUAAUGCUGCUGCCACUGCAUACUCAGCCACCAAAGACUUGUGGUAACCAAGAGGCAUUAGGAAAAUUGAUUCUUUUAACAUUUUAUACUAGGCUCUUAUUUCAGCUGUAAUACGCAUUCUGCAUUCUCCGAAUAUUGUCUUCUAAAGCUACGACAACUGGCAUGGUAGGUAAAUGAUUCAUUUUCAGUCACACAUAACCUUCUGUGAUUAGCAAUAAGGAAGACAGCACUCGAGAAACACGAGGGCAGGCAUGAGCAGUCGUUCUUUCUGAUUUUCUGAUUGUGCCUUUGACUAAAUUUGAUCGAAGAAUUUAAUGACCCACUUCAAAUGGAGGAGCGGGGCAUAGGGAGCUGUAAGAUGCCCUUAAAGACAUGCCAGAUCGCAGCUUUACACUGGAGUCUCUCAGCAUCCAUUACGCACUCAUUGAAACUACCAGAACUGCAUGACCACUUUAGAGUACUUAGGAGAAUCUGCUGACUUUUUUAUAUAAUUUGCUCCCUCCUGUCCUUACCAUCCUGCUUUCUCCCUGUAAUUAACAAAAAGACUUUUUAUAGAGGUAACAAAGAAAUAGAAUAAUGACAAUUUUGUAUGAAUGAUUUAUAAGAAAAUGAAUAAAAGUCAAAUUUGAUGGUAUAUGA